AUGUCACUCAAGCUCAAGCCGCUACUGCUCCCGCAGCUGGUGGAGGAACGGAGGAGGAAGGAGAGCUUGUCGGAUCCGGACAUAGACCUCUCCUCGGCUUCUUUUUACACGCAGAAUUCCUCAUCCGUGUCCGAGACUCCGUCUCCCGUCACGCCAACUUUUUCGACUCGCAGCCACUGGCGAUACCCCAGUACCGCGUCCAUAUCAUCCGCUGAGUCCUCGCCAACCUCUCCAACGUUCGUCGGAAAUGGAACCCCAAGCAAACGAUCGCUACCCGACGUCCAAGAGGAACCUCAGGAGAGAGAGGGGGACUCGGACAUCUUUGGACGUUUCAACGCGCAAUGGUUAUGCGAUGACCAGCAAUGCUUGCACCGUGAUCCAAGCAUGGUGCAAAGCUCCGUACCGCCGCCAGCCAGAUCCGAGCUCGACUAUGACCUGGCCGAUGACUUCUAUCACGACGCAGAAUUCUCAACAAUCCCACGAAAUAAGAGCCAGCGAGCAGAAGAAUCGCCCUUCACUGGCCUCGCGACGCGAUUCGGCACGAGGUUCCCUUCACUCUCGCGUAAAUGGAAAUCGCGAAAGGGGUCGACGGGUGCGACAUCGACCACCUCCGAAACGCAGAUGGAGAAUGCGACCUCGCGCGGUGCUUCGAGCCGCUCAUCAUCUGUCUCCAACUUGCCGCGACAGGCGGUUGAAAAGCCGUGCGAGCCGCAAUUGCCCCCGACUCCUACCAGGAGCGAUUUCAACGACCGGGACGAGAUGGCAACUGCUGCUCCAAUCGACAUUGUGAGAGCCAAUAUGCGCAGUAAAGAUCACGAGGAAGAUCUCGCAUCUACGCCCCUUCUGCCUCCCUUAACGAUGGACGCGUCCGCCAACGUCAAACAAGUAUCCGUCCAAUCGCCAUUGCAAUCGCCAUCUGUAGCAGAAGCCAGUGAUCCAUUCGCGUGCGUCUCGCCGAUCGACUCCAUCCUAGCACCCUGCUUUCCCUCACCAUCGCUCAGCACCAAGCCAUCUAUCUCAUCCUUCCACCGUGGGGCCACCACGCGUCCCGGCCACUUCGUCCCCUUAUCCGAGAUCCCCCCCAUCAUCAUCGCGGACCCGAACGACGAGUGGGCCAACAAGCUCGGCCACGCCAACUUCACCAUCUACCCCGAGCCAUACGUCCCCGAAAGCUUCGACCUCGAGGCCUGCCGCCAGCUGCGCAAAAACUGGGACCUAGCCCGCUGUAACUACACUAAGCACCUCGUGCGCACCGGCGAGCAUUACGGCGUGACUUCCAAGACCUAUCGGUUGACAGAAUCCAAGUGGGAGGCCAUAGAGGCGGCCUGGCGCCGGAGCAAUGAAACCACCAUCGCCAAUACCAUCAAGAACGGCAGUGAAGCUUUUGUCUCGCUCAAGCACGCGACCCUCAACGACGGUCGCAGCCCCAACAUCAUGACCCAGAUCCCCUCUCUCAACGACCCGCGCUCCGAGGGCAAAUUCCCGCAGCUUGGGGACGAGGACAUUGUCGGUCCGAUGGUCCAGGCCACGGCGCAGCUGCGGCGCACUCCCAGCAAGAAGGAGAAGCUGUUGCGAUUCCUCGUUGAGAAGUUCCCUGUCGGAUUAGGGCGCGCGUAG